UUCCCAAAACAACGGUUAACGGCAAGCCACGCAAAACCCUUGAUGGAAAGAAUGUUCGCUUUGAUUUUGAACCAAACCUUCAGGCGAGCGAUUUUCCUCUUCACAACUCAUAAAUAUCUCCAAUUCUCACCUUCUCGUCUUCAACCCACAUUUCUGCUUCAAUCGAAUCCACAGCAACCUCGCCCACUCCAUGGCGAUGGAUCUUUGCUCCAAUAUGCUACGAUUUUCUCGGCCUUUUUCCCCUUCUGCUUUUGGAGUUUCAGCUCAUCGGCGACCCAUUUUCGCACAAAGCUCCAGCAGUACUCAACAACCCAUUUCCAUUGGCUCCGUAUCUCUUAACAACAACGAUGCCUUCCCAGGGAAGGCAGAGGCCGAUGUUGUAGUAAUUGGGAGUGGCAUUGGGGGGCUUUGUUGUGCAGGGCUGUUAGCUAGAUAUGGACAAGAUGUUCUUGUUUUGGAAAGUCAUGAUUUACCUGGAGGUGCCGCUCAUUCUUUCAAUAUUAAGGGCUACAAGUUCGACUCUGGUCCAUCUUUGUUUUCGGGGUUUCAGUCGCGUGGUCCUCAGGCAAAUCCACUUGCCCAAGUCUUAGAUGCACUUGGUGAGUCACUUCCUUGUGCCAAUUAUGAUUCAUGGAUGGUCUACAUACCUGAAGGAGAAUUUUUAUCACGCAUAGGCCCCACAGAGUUUUUCAAGGAUCUUGAGAAGUAUGCAAGUCCAAAUGCUGUUCAAGAAUGGCAGAAACUACUAGAAACCAUACUUCCACUGUCUGCUGCAGCAAUGGCUCUACCACCUCUAUCAAUUCGAGGUGAUUGGGGUGUUCUUUCAACAGCUGCAGCAAGAUAUGCUCCAUCUCUCUUGAAAUCUUUCAUUCAGAUGGGCCCUCAAGGUAUUAUUGGUUCAACCAAGCUUCUCAGGCCAUUCUCAGAAAUCAUCGACUCGUUGGAACUUAAAGACCCUUUCAUUCGAAAUUGGUUGGAUCUAUUGGCUUUCUUACUUGCUGGAGUGAAAACAAAUGGCAUAUUAUCAGCAGAGAUGAUUUAUAUGUUUGCUGAAUGGUAUAAGCCUGGUUCCUGUCUCGAGUAUCCUCUUCAUGGAAGUGGGGCAGUUGUUAAUGCCCUUCUUCAAGGCCUGCAAAAAUUUGGCGGGCGUAUCUCUCUUGGAAGUCAUGUUCAGAACAUUAUAGUGGAGAAUGAUCGGGCUGUUGGAGUCAAGCUAAAGAGUGGUCAAUUUAUACGUGCAAAGAAAGCUGUUGUGAGCAAUGCAUCGAUGUGGGAUACACUGGCCUUAUUACCUGAAAGCGCCGUUCCAAAAUCAUAUCGUGAUAGGAUAAAUACGAUUCCACAAUGUGAAUCGUUUAUGCAUCUUCACUUGGGCUUUGAUGCAGAGGAUAUUCGUGACGAUCUGGGAAUUCAUCAUAUAGUUGUUAAUGAUUGGGAUAGAGGAGUCGAUGCAGAUCAAAACGUGGUUUUGAUAUCUGUACCAAGUGUUCUUAGUCCGGAUCUAGCACCCCCUGGAAAACAUGUAUUACAUGCAUACACACCAGGAACUGAACCAUAUACUCUUUGGGAAGGACUUGACCGUAGGAGCUCUGAGUACAAAAAUCUCAAGGCUGAAAGAUCUGAGGUGAUGUGGAGGGCAGUUGAGAGAGCCCUUGGAGCAGGUUUCAAGAGAGAAAAGUGUGAGGUGAAGUUGGUGGGAACACCAUUGACUCAUCAAAGGUUUCUUAGAAGAAACAGAGGAACAUAUGGGCCAGCAAUUGAAGCAGGAAAAGGCUCUUUUCUUGGGCAUUCAACUCCCAUUCCUCAGCUUUACUGCUGUGGGGAUUCCACUUUCCCUGGCAUUGGAGUCCCUGCUGUUGCUGCCAGUGGUGCCAUUGUUGCCAAUUCUUUAGUCUCUACUUCUCAACACUCUCAGCUUCUUGAUGCAAUUGGGAUUUGAUUUCAUUUUCCUGUUUUCAUUUUGGCAUCUUUUUACUUCCUUUGUACUCUACUUACCAUCUUCUGUAAAAUUGUAUUAUAUUAUGGAUUCAAUAUAAAAGUUCAAUCCUCAGUGUGUUGGGUUCUCUUCU